AUGGUUAGGUCGAUCUUUGCUCUUCUCGCCCUCGCCGGCCUCGCCUCCGCCGAGCGGCUGAGUCCGCGCCAGGGCACCGUCAACGACGAGACCAAGCCGGCGGUCUAUAUUACGGCGCUGAACAAGAACGUCUCGGCGACGUCGGGGACUGGCGCGGUCAGCGCGGCCGGGACGCUGGAACCGUUUGGCGGGAUCGGGGUUGGGUGCGGAAUCAACUGGGCCGAGGGCAAGAGUUAUGGAGGUGGCCUUCAAUCCGGUUCCGAAUCCUUCGGCCUCGGCGGCGGGUUCACCAUCACCGAGGAAACGAUGACCAUAGGCCUCGGGAUCGGUGUAAACGGCCCUCUCAGCUUCAACACCACCGUCGACUAUGAGGCCUCGACCAAUGGCAGCGCGAGUGUCAUCUUCACGUCGACGAAUGACAUCAAGUGCCAGGAGACGACGGUGAAUGGGCUCAAGGGCUUCAAGUGUACCUCUCUCUAG